AUGCCGUCGGGUUUCCAACAGAUCGGCUCCGAAGAUGGGGAACCCCCCCAGCAGCGGGUCACCGGAACCCUGGUCCUCGCCGUGUUCUCAGCCGUGCUUGGGUCCCUGCAGUUUGGCUACAACAUUGGGGUCAUCAAUGCCCCGCAGAAGGUGAUCGAACAGAGCUACAAUGAGACGUGGCUCGGGAGGCAGGGGCCCGAGGGACCCGGCUCCAUCCCGCCCGGCACCCUCACCACACUCUGGGCCCUCUCUGUGGCCAUCUUCUCCGUGGGCGGCAUGAUUUCCUCCUUCCUCAUCGGCAUCAUCUCCCAGUGGCUGGGAAGGAAGAGGGCGAUGCUGGCCAACAACGUCCUGGCCGUGCUGGGGGGCACCCUCAUGGGCCUGGCCAACGCCGCUGCCUCCUAUGAGAUGCUCAUCCUUGGACGGUUCCUCAUUGGCGCCUACUCAGGGCUGACAUCAGGGCUUGUGCCCAUGUACGUGGGGGAGAUUGCCCCCACUCACCUGCGAGGUGCCUUGGGGACGCUCAACCAGCUGGCCAUCGUCAUUGGCAUUCUGAUCGCCCAGGUGCUGGGCUUGGAAUCCAUGCUGGGCACCGCCACCCUGUGGCCGCUGCUCCUGGGCAUCACGGUGCUCCCUGCCCUCCUGCAGCUGAUCCUGCUGCCCUUCUGCCCCGAGAGCCCCCGCUAUCUCUACAUCAUCCGGAACCUGGAGGGGCCGGCCAGAAAGAGUCUGAAGCGCCUGACAGGCUGGGCCGACGUGUCUGGAGCCCUGGCAGAGCUGAAAGAUGAGAAGCGGAAGCUGGAGCGCGAGCGGCCACUGUCCCUGCCCCAACUCCUGGGCAGCCGCACCCACCGGCAGCCCCUCAUCAUUGCCGUGGUGCUGCAGCUGAGCCAGCAGCUCUCAGGCAUCAAUGCUGUUUUCUAUUAUUCGACCAGCAUCUUCGAGACAGCAGGGGUAGGGCAGCCCGCCUAUGCCACCAUAGGAGCUGGAGUGGUCAACACAGUGUUCACCCUGGUCUCGGUGUUCUUGGUGGAGCGGGCUGGGCGCCGGACACUCCACCUCCUGGGUCUGGCGGGCAUGUGUGGCUGCGCCAUCUUGAUGACCGUGGCUCUGCUUCUGCUGGAGCGGGUUCCAGCCAUGAGCUACGUUUCCAUCGUGGCCAUCUUCGGCUUUGUGGCGUUCUUUGAGAUCGGCCCUGGCCCCAUCCCCUGGUUCAUCGUGGCCGAGCUCUUCAGCCAGGGGCCCCGCCCUGCAGCCAUGGCUGUGGCUGGGUUCUCCAACUGGACGUGCAACUUCAUCAUCGGCAUGGGAUUCCAGUACGUUGCGGAUGCAAUGGGGCCCUACGUCUUCCUCCUCUUUGCCGUCCUCCUGCUGGGCUUCUUCAUCUUCACCUUCUUAAGAGUACCUGAAACCCGAGGCCGGACCUUCGACCAGAUCUCAGCCGCCUUCCGCCGGACGCCGUCUCUCUUAGAGCAGGAGGUGAAGCCCAGCACGGAACUUGAGUACUUGGGGCCAGAUGAGAAUGACUGAGCCAGGCAGGGGUGGGGGAGCCCGCCCUCCCCGCCCACCGGGACCCUCCUUUCCUCCGCAGCACUUUAACCCCCUCCUCCCGGUUCCUGCCAGGGCGGACAGACUUCCCCUGCAGCCUGGUGGACCUGGGAGGCAGGAGGGAAGGGGCAGUCUGAGCGCCCCUCAUUCCCCUCGCGUGACUCUUGGGUUAUUUAUGUGUGUGGUUAGGCUGUGGCCAGCAGCGUGGCCCACUCUCCCCUCCUGUCUUCCUCCCUAGCCCAGCCCCUUCCUGCCCACCCCCUACCCCUCCCCGACCCUGCCUCUGGCUAGAGAAGAGGGAUUGGAGGGAGUGGGACAAACUGAGGCGGAGAGCAGCUGGGAGAGCAGAAGUCACGGUCCCCACCGGCCGCCAGCCGGCACUUUCACUGGAUUCUUGCCACAUGGACUCCGGGUGAAGGGAGCUCUGUCUCAGCCCUCCAGGGCAAAGGAUGCACCCUUGCCUCUCACUGCAGGCUCAGCCUCGCGGGGCGAGAGGGAAUGCGAAAGCACAUGCCCAUAUGUGGCGAGAGGAAGGGGCCCUACCCCGGCUGCUCGCCAAGGCUGCCAAGUGGGGGCUCCGGCGCUGUCCUCUGCUCCCCUCCUGGAAGGGUGCUGCACCCACAGGCUCUUGACCAACUAGGGAAAGGGGUUGGAAAGGCUGCCCGUGAACACUGGGCUAGGAGGAGCCGUCAGAUAUUUUUGUAUAUAUUUGAAGAAGGGGUAGGGAGGAGCAGCCAAGGUCUGCUGUACUAAAUGUGUCUAUAGAGCUGCUUCUAUAAAGUGACUGUAU